AACCGGUGGGUCAACUAGUCGGACCGGUCAUAUAAUAAAAAAAUAUAUACAAUAAUUAUAAAACAUAAUAAUUAGCUAAAAAAACCAAAUAUAUCUAAAAUGCAUACAAUUUGCUAUAAAACAGAAAAAAACACAAUAGCAACAAAAAGCAAAACAAGAUGCUGCAUCCCCAUCGCAAAAGCAAAACGAAAAAACCACAUUUCCAAAAUGCAUACAGUUGGAAAGAAGAUGCUCCAUCCCCAUCACCAAAGCAAAACAAAAAAACCACAUUUCCAAAAUGGAUUAAAGCAAAAACAGAGAACUCUACACACGAAGCAAUCAGUCCACCUGCACCAUCCAGAGCAAUGCAGCAUCAUCAAGAUCAUGACCCAACAAACCAGCACAAACACAAUAGCAACAAAACACUUAGUAGACAGCCCCCAAUCAGCAAUCAAACCAGAGACAGUAGUAGAAAAAGCAAGACUAAAAUCAUUCAGGCAACUGCAUAUUGUUGAGGUGUAAAUCUCAAGCUUCUAGAUCUUGGUUACUAAGAUAUGAAAGGAAUUUUUUACCUUAAAUCUAAAUAGAUCUUGCCUGAGUUCACUGGUCGCUGGAGCCUGGUAGUGCCUUCUG